AUGAUUGCUUUAGACAACGAACCGUUAUCACUUGUGGAACGGGUCGGCUUUCAGAGGCUUAUGGCAACCGCUGUGCCCCAUUAUAGAGUAUCUGGUCGCACUUUCAUGACCGAGAAAGUUAUUCCUGAUAUUUCGAAGGCAACGGCAGUAUCAGUGACAUCUGAUAUAUGGACAUGUCAGCAUAAUAACGAGAGCUUUUUGAGCUUCACUGCGCACUGGAUAUCUCCUGAGUUCAUUUUGGAACAUGGCGUUUUAGCUCUGAAAUCGUUUCCUGGCUCACAUUCUGGAGCCAAUAUUGCAAAAGAACUCGAGGCUAUUACAGAAAGAUGGAAUAUUCCUAAAAGCAAGACCCAUUUACUUGUCCAUGAUAGUGGGGCUAAUAUGAUUCAGCUUGGUGCUUUGUUCAUUCAUUGCAACGAGCUAUCGAGGAGUCGCUGA